AUGCCCUUCGAAACUAACCUGCGGAACACCUGCAUCUUCCUCGUAAUCUUCAUCCUCGCCUUCUUCCCGAACGCCUUUCAAUUUGUCUUCUGGCCCAUCUCUGGACUCCUCGCAUACAUCAGCGGCGACUCCAUCACUUCGAAGGUGAUCCUCCCAACUUGCAAUUGCUGCCCGCCCAAGACCUGCGAUAUCCAGCACCCAGCACCGAUACCCAAGCCAAGAGGCGAGAUGUCGUGGUUCCAAAAGCAAUUCACACUCCCCAGCAAGAGUCGGGGAUCAUACCUGAUCACAGAUGAGGUCGUACGACAAGUGCCGGAGAUUAAAGAUUACAAAGUCGGGAUUCUGCAUCUGUUCGUGCAGCAUACGAGUUGCGGGUUGAGUCUGAAUGAGAAUUGGGAUGAGGAUGUUCGGGAGGAUAUGUAAGUGUGUGUGUGUGUGUGUGUGUGUGUGUGUGUGUGUGUGUGCGAUGGGCAGGAGCGAGGCUCUUAAGAGCUGACGCGCCUUUGUAGGAGUGAUGCGUUGGAUCGCAUUGCGCCGGAGGAUCGUAAGGGGACGUUGUAUAAGCAUUCGUGUGAGGGGCCGGAUGAUAUGCCGGCGCAUAUUAAGAGUGCGUUGGUCGGUGCGAGUGUUACGGUCCCUAUUACGGAUGGGAGGUUGAAUACGGGGACUUGGCAGGGUGAGUAUCGUUAACCAUUCGUGGGUGUGUGUGAAAGCGACUGAUGAGGUGUUAGGGAUUUGGUAUCUGGAAUUCCGGGCGAGCAAGCAUUCGAGGAAGGUCGUUGCCACGAUUCAAGGAGAGAAGAAGGCUUGA